AUGUGUUUGUUGGUGGUAGAGGAUGGGUUCUCACCAAAAGAGGUGUGGGAGCAGGUAGAAAAGCUGCACAAGAUAACUGAGAAACCCACAGAGGAUUUCAUAGUUGUGCUGCCAUUAAGAUAUAAACCUGAAUCUUACCUAUUCAACUGCUACACCAUGGAGAGUUUAUUCAGUGAACUGGCUAAAAAGAGAGAUGCCACGCCAACCAACCAAAGGUCUGCUGAUGAAACACACCCUGAAACCAGUAGGACAGGAAAUCACUCUGAAACCAAAGUGAACCUUGUUCUGCUGGGAAUGUCCGGGACUGGAAAGAGCGCGAGUGGAAACACAAUCCUUGGAAAGACAAAGUUCUUGUCAAAAGCCAGUUCAAAGUCAGUCACCACAGAGUGUCAGGCAGCAGAAACUGUGAUAGAUGGUACACAUGUGCGUGUCAUUGAUACUCCAGACAUGUUUGAUGAUAAAAUCAAAUCAUCAGAUAAGAGACAUGUGACAAAGUGCAAACAGCUCAUCUGUCAGUCAGAUCCUUGUGUUUACUUACUUGUGAUACAUGUUAGCAGAUUCACAGAUGGUGAGAGAGACAUACUGAGAAAGUUUGAAGCAGCUUUUGGUCCCAAAGCUAAAGAACAAACAAUCCUCCUGUUUACUCGUGGGGAAGAGCUGCAGCGUGCACAAAUGAGCUUUGAGGAUUAUAUUAAUUCCUGCCAGUCUGAACUCAAGAACAUAGUUCAACAGUGUGACAGAAGGUGUGUUGUUUUUGAGAACAAAACCUUACGUCAGCAUCAAGUAACACAGCUAAUGCAGACAGUGAACAUGAUGUUAAAUAAAAAGCAGAAACAAUAA